AUGGAAUUAGAAGAUGAACAGAUGACCCUCAAAGUCAAUACAAUGGCGAACGAAGUAAAGGUAUUAUACAUGGUUGAUGAAGAAUCGAUGGAGAUUGUAGUGAAAAUCCCUUCACAGUAUCCAUUACAGUCAGUUGAGGUUCUAGACAUUAGAAAAGUUGGAGUACCAGACGCGAUGUGGCGGGCUUGGAUUUUAUCAAUUCAACAUACUAUUGCUAGUCAGAAUGGGUCAAUUACAGAAGCGCUCGCUCUGUUCAAGAAGAAUGUUUCACUUCACUUCGAAGGUGUUGAAGCUUGCGCAAUUUGCUACUCAAUUAUUUCAGUGGUCGAUCGGAGUCUGCCGUCCAAAGCAUGCCGGACGUGUCAUAACAGGUUCCAUCCAAGUUGUAUCUUCAAGUGGUUUGCUACCAGCCAUGGAUCCUCAUGUCCAUUGUGUCGCUCACUAUUUUAGAUGAGGCGCGAGAUGUUGUCAGCCGUGUCAUUUAUUAUUUGAUACAAACAACUUGUUAAUGUAGACUUCAAUCACCCAUAAACCAUUCCCUGGUCCUCAGUACGGCGGACUACUUGGAGAAGUUUGCAUCUGCAAGGAAACUGCAAUACGUACACUUGACUGAUACAGUUGCACACUUCCAUAUCGGCUGUCUAAGGCCAAUUCUCUUUAGAUCACAGUGAAGAAGAACAUGUUUAUGGUGUAUAUAUGGGAGCAUAGUUGUACUCACUCAGCUUUGCUCACAAAGUAAAUCAUGAUCCAAACUAUUCAUAU